AUGUCUGCCUCCCCUGGGCAGGCCCUGGUMGCCCUCCUGCUCACUUUCCUGCUGAGACUCACAGCUGGGGAGCAGCCGGUCAUCUCCCUGACGGGCCCAUCUCAGAGGACCACCCCUGGAAAUUCGGUGCCUUUCAACUGCACGGCUGGCCCCUUCAGCUCCACAAACUUCAGUGUCACCUGGCUGAAGGACAGUGAUGAACAUCCACCCUCAGCCCAGUCUCAGGUGACCGAUGACAAAGGCAGGUACUUCGUAACCAGCAAGGCACUGGUGUUACUGACCGGAAAAGAGGUCUUGUCUCAGAUCACCUGCCAAGUUUCCCACGGGGACCUCGCUGAGCCCCUGCAGAUGACCUUGAAUCUCUCUGAAGUGCUCCAAGUCAUCCCCACCCUGAAGAUCACCAUGGACGCCGAAGGGACCCGCAUCCAGGUGCACCAGAGAGUGAACCUCACGUGCCACGCCGGCCACUUCUACCCCGCCUACGUGCAGCUCAUCUGGAUGGAGAACAGGCACAAGAUCCCCACGGUGGAGUCCCCCCAGGUCACUAGAAACCCGGAUGGGACAUUCUCUCUGGAGGACACACUGCAGGCAGAGGUCACGCUGAAUGGGAGUGAGUUUUCCUGCUGGGUGGUCCAGGARGAGCAGCCCCCCAUGGAGGCCAAUAUCACCCUGCGAGCGCAGGCUUCCAACCGGGGGAAAGGAAGGAUGCUGACCACCUCUAACAAGGUGGAAGGCCCCCUGCAGCGUGCCGAGCCAGGCACCAGCAUCCAGCUGACGUACACAUCCUCCGGACUACACACCCGUCAGGUCAGCGUGACCUGGCUCAAAAACAAGCACGAGCUCCCCAAAUCCAAGACCGUCAUCCUYGCCAGUGGAGACACCUACAAUGUGACCAGCAGUGUGCUCGUCCCUCUGCAGUUGGGUGACAUGAACUCUGAGGUCCUCUGCCACGUCAAGCACAAGCUGACAAYGGUGUUCCAGAAAACCAUCAAUUUGGACCAGUACCUUCGCAUUCCCCCUACAGUGACAGUGACCCAGUCUUCGACUCCCUCYGGCUUGGUGGCUGUUACCUGCCUUGUGCAGAGAUUCUAUCCCCAGGAGAYGCACCUCACCUGGCUGGAACACUGCCACGCACUCAAAGGGACCCAUCAGCCCACGCCCAGGAAGAACCGCGAUGGCUCCUACACCUUGGAAAGCUUGCACUUGGUGAACGUGUCGAGGCAGAGGUCCGAGUGGCUGGUCACCUGCAGGGUGCAGCACCAGCAACAGCCUGCCGUCCAGGCCAGCCUCAUCCUGUCCACAGCGUCCCAUCCCAAACGCGAGCCCUCUGGGAGCCCAGGUCCAGGGACGUCCACCCUUACCUUUGUGGCUUUCCUCUUGGGUGUCAAGGUGCUGCUGUUGGUGAGUUUCACGGUCUACUACGUCUGUAGGCGGUGGAAACUGUGA